UAAAUCGCAUUUUUGUGACAACGAGUGUUGUUUACAUUUGGCUUUGGUGUGUUGCUUCUUCUCGGUUGCGAAUCCUUGAUCCUUGGUUUUAUUGGUGUGACGUGAGGAAAAAAAAAGAUAGGAAGGAGCAGACGCACACGAAUUACAACACAGCGCUGGAUUGCGUUAAACAACUGCACCAGCAAACCCCACCGCCGUCCAGCGAUGGCACAGGAACCGUGCACCGAGUUUAAGAUGGAAUCGCUCGAAAGUUUCGAACCAUUGGUGAACCCCAUUCGACAGUAUCGGAACCGAUCGAAGCGAACGCUAAAAACGGGUGAGGAGAAACUGGCGGAAGUGCUCGCCAAGAUUGCAUCCCUACAGAAAAGCACCGAGAAAACGGAUGGAAUCGAUCGGACAAAGGUGCGUACGUACAAUGUAAAGCUGCGCCUACGAAAGAGUCUGCUGUACAGGUGUUUUGACUGUGGCAGUUGCUUCGCCAAUCCGGACUUUCUCGAGCUGCACGAAAAAUCGCACACAGAGCAGGGCAAAUGUGACAUCGAUCUGCGUCAGGAGCCGGCCGAUUCCGAAAUGAAUCUCAAGCAGAACGCUUGGUUUGUCGGUGAUUUUGGUGAGGAUGGUGAUGAAGAGGACGGCGACGGGGAGCACAUCCUACAGCUCGACUGUACGGUCGAGGAAGGCGAAGACAUCUUUGACAUCACGUUCGAUCGUACCAAGUGCGAGAAGACGUACACGAUGAAGUACAAGGUGAAGAAGGAACCGGUGGGCAAGUGUGAACACUGUUCGAAACAGUUCUAUUCGGCGGAAUGCUUGAAACUGCACGAGCUGGAGCACGAAAAGUUUCUCGACAUUGCAAACAUUGAACCAAGCAUCAACAUCAUUCGGUCGCCCCGGAUUGAGGAGAGCACCAUGACACUGGACGACAGCUUUUACGAGGCGCUGGAUGUGAGUGACAUCCUCGAGCAUAGCAGUGGUACGAUCGACUGUUCGGCCGAUGGUAGGCUUGCAACCGGGACGGGCAUCAUGCUUGAGUAUCGCAUUAUACCACGGCGAUCGGUCAGUGGUGAGAAAGAGUUACCCCAGGUAAAGGAUGCGCCUCUGUGCCAGGUGGGAAAUGAAGAGAGGGAAAGGAAAGACAGCAAUGCUGCUGUUACACGAAUAGUCAAUCAAUCCGAGUGCCAACCGGUGGUAGUAAAGGAAGAGCAAGAUGUGAUAAUUAAGGAGGAGCCCAUCGAUGAGCCACCACCAGUGAUGAUGAUAAAGCAGGAGAAUAUUAAGGAAGAAGCCAUGGAUGCAGAAGAUGAAGCCAUCGAUGUUCAGCAGCAUGCUGAGUUACCAUCGGACCACCUGGAGGCAAAGUAUACAUGCUCAAACUGCUCGAAACGAUUUCGCUUCCGGGCGGCUUUACUCGUUCACGAACGUACGCAUACCGGCAUCAAGGCGUAUCGGUGCGAACAUUGUGCAGAAACGUUUGUCUCGCGAGGAAAAUUAUAUUUUCAUUCCUUCUGCUCGCAUAGGAAUCGAUCGCAUUGAGCUGGAGCAACGAGCUCCUUCCCGAACAGUACUUUAAAAUUUAUGCAAAGCGCCAGAAGCAGAAGAAGCACUGUAUUGCCGCGUAUUAGCUUGUUGUGGCUAGACAGGCUAGAUCUAGAUGUUGUAGAUCUGGGGAGCGAGUUCCGAUAGGGAAAUGGAAGCCCCGGCGUUACGUUCGUAUGAAUAUCGUAAUGUACAAUGUUUCCCUUUGUCGUUCUUUAUCAGCAAGCACAAAACAUAAUACUCACACGCUUUGUCGCAUUUCUCUUUUUUUUAAUAAAAAAUCUGCAAAUUAAUAAAUCGAUUUCAACCUGUAAGCGGUUUAUCGUGGAA